AUGCAAGACCAAAUAUUCCAACUGGUUAAACCUCCCCAACCUAUCGAACAACAGUCUACUUUGCGUAAAAGAGGUCGACCUCGUAAAACAACGCCCAUUGAUAAUAAUGUCAACUUUUCACUAUCUAACCAGGACCAACAACAACAGCAAAAGAAGCAGCAGCAGCAGCAGGAGCAGAAGCAACUACAGGAGCAGCAGCAGCAGCAACAACAACAACAACAACAACAACAACAACAACAACAACAACAACAACAACAACAACAACAACAACAACAACAACAACAACAACAACAACAAAAACAACAACAACAACAACAACCAACAAAGGGACUUCCCAGAGGUCGACCACGCUCAGAUACCUCUUUAAGAGCUAUCCGAGAAGCUCGUAGAAAAGUCUUGGAUGAGUCAAAAGCACGCGAAAUGGCAGCUCGUGCAGCUCGAAUGCAAGCACGAGAAGCUGCUGGACUUAAAAACAGACGACCCAAGAAACUUCUAGCUGAAGAACGACAGGAACAAAACAAUCAUAACAACAUCAGUAGCAACAACUGGGCAGGCGUUGUUUUAACACCACCCAGGUGCGAAAGUCCAAGCCAAGAAGAGCUCAAAAGUUUUGAUAACAAUAAUAAUAAUAAUAUUAAUAAUAAUAAAAGAAUUAAAACUGAGGUGGAGGAAAAGUCUGUUGUUGUGGAAAUUGAAGGCAUGACGACUCCGCCAAAGUCUCCAGAUGGAACAGACCCACAACAACAUCAAGAACAAACAAUCACUAGAACAAGACCUCCAAGUAUCAGAGAACUUCUUGCUACGCAGCCUACUCGCAGACCUGUGGAAGAAACAGAAGAAAAGGUGGAGCACAAAGUUCAACAACAGGUGGAGGAGAUAAAUUCCGGAACCCGGGGUCUCGGCACACUAGGACCCGGAACUAGCAACAAAAUCAACAAAAUUGACAACAUUAACAACAUUAACAACAAUAACAACAAUAACAAUAAAUCAACCGGAACAUUUGUUGACACACCGUCAAGUCAUGCUGGAAAUAGCAACCAACACCCAACCCAGCAAGAUUUGACCCGACCCAAAGUGCAAGCCCAACAGCUGGUAGUGGAGAAGUCCUUGCAUGCCGCCGUUGCCGUAGCUGCCGCAGAAGCCGCCGAGGCCACUACUGCCACAAGUGGGCCAACAAGGUUGUCUGCACCACCGCAAUUUUGUCCAGACAGUUCUUUCCCUCAUACACUUCAUCAUACACUACUUGACACACAGAAAAUGACGGCACCAAACGACACCCUCCAGCAAAGAGCAUCGACGCCUUCAACAACAGGUAACAAGCGCAAACGAACAACAGGGACUCUGGCAGACUCAAACCAACAUAUACAAGUUUCUUUUUCUGAUGCUAAAAAACAAUCACAAACACCUUUGGCUGCUACUAUUGCUCGUUCUACUGUUUCUCCUGCUCCAUAUGCAAACCAACAACAACAACAACAACCAUCUACCCUGAAGCAACAGUCUAGAGCAUCUUCCCCACAAGAACCAGUCUAUUGCGUCUGCCGCAAACCAGACACUGGCGUCUGGAUGAUUGGCUGUGACCUCUGUAACGACUGGUUCCAUGGUGCAUGCGUCAACAUUUCCGAAGAAGCUUCCAAGCGUUUUGUCAAGUAUGCUUGUCCGCGCUGCGAGGCUGCCGGCCGCGGACAUUCCACUUAUAAGCGCAAGUGCCGGCUGCCUGGAUGCGACCGGGCCGUAGCAGUUUGUACAGAAGACGACGACGAUAACGAAGAAGAAAAUGAAGAAGUUUCAGCAGAUCAUCAGCCUACAUCUGGGCGCAAGAAAAAUUCAUCCAACGGGGCCGUAGCAGCAGCAGCAGCAACAACAACAGCAACAACAACAGCAACAACAACAACGACAGGAGCAUCAGCUUCUGCGCGGACGAAACAAAAAACAUCUCGUACCAACGGCACUCGUGACAAGAAAAAUAAGACUCAGGCAAUGUCCAAGUAUUGCUGCAAGGACCAUGGCUUGCUUUUCUUUAAAAUGCUGGUCCAACAGAACCUCCCUACUCAUAGAGCAAUCGACUCUUCGGCUUUGUCUCCAGGAGCCCUGGCUUCAGUUGUGCGCUCGUAUUCCUCAGCAACACAGUUUCACACUGCUGGAGUUCAAGCUAAACCCCCUCCAUCUUCUUACAACACAGGUUCCCAGCACCGGUUCCAUUAUCCAUCGAGUUUAUCAGCACUAUUGGCAGAGCAAGACCAGCAGCGGCUGCGGCUUUUGGAAGCACGCAAGGCCAGUGCAUUAGCCCGGUUAGACUACCUGACAUCCAAGGCUCGGUUUUUACAGUUUUGUAAGGAUUCAUCCAAACAUCUUGCACAGCUUGUGGACUCUUCUCAACCAGUAUCAACAGCUCGUCGACGAACUGACAUUUGCGGCUUUGACUGUCGCCUUACUCGCACACAAGCAGACUGGCGAGCCGAAGAAAUGGAUGCCCUGUAUGCUGCUUAUGCCGCAGAAGUUGCGCGCCCAGAUUCUGAUGGUGACGUGGUCAUGACCGCCACCAUAACCCCAAGCCAGGCCGUGGCAACCACCAACUCAACCACUAGCACCAGCACCAGCACCAGCACCAGCACCUGUGCCACCACCACUACACCCUUUGAUGAAGACACUAUUUGCAUGCUAGAGCGACGGAAAUGUAUUCGCCAUGCAGGAUGGCAAGCCAUUUUUACAGACGAGCUUGUCAUGCAGGAAUCUGCGGCCCGAGCGGAAAUUGAAAGCAUAAAUGUCCAGUUGUCUGAGUACAAUCACCGAAUCCAUAUGCGUCAGCUUGACAUUCCAGCAUCUCCACCAGCUUCCUCUACUUCAGCAAGAGCAGCUCAACAGAACCUGGGCCCUGAGACGGUGGCUUUUUCGUAG